AAAUCCUUUCAAGAAAAUAUCUCAUAUUCAACACGCGAUGGAAAACGGAGUGAAAAUAUUCGUGUUUGAUCAUGAAACGGAACUUUUGAAAAUGAAGAAACAUUAUCCAGCAGCAGAUUUAUUGCUCCGCAUAGAAACAGACGACGUAACAGCACACUUUCCGCUGAGCGACAGAUUUGGCGCACCAAUGACCCAAACACGUGAUUUAAUGAAAAUGGCGAAAGAAUUACAAAUGAACAUUAUUGGGAUAUGUUUUCAUCCCGGAUCCGGUAUAAACAGUGUAGAAACGUACUCGAAAGCAAUUCGUGAUUCGAAAGAAUUAUUUGAAUUUGCCAAAACACUUGGCAUGGAUUUUACUAUUCUAGAUAUUGGUGGUGGCUUCCCUGCAGUUCCAAAAUCGAAGCUUUCGUUUGAAGAGAUUUCUGCCUGUGUCAAUGAAAACCUCGACAAGUACUUUCCAGUUGAAGAAUACGGAAAUCUAGAAAUAAUCGCUGAACCUGGAAGGUACUACUCGUCUACUGCUUUCACAUUGGCAACUUCUGUGCUAUCUAAGUUUGAGCCAAAACAUAAAGCAGAUGUCGAUAUAGAAUACGUGCUAGGUGACGGAGUACAUGGUUCUUUGAAGUACUACAGUGAUCUAAUGCCGGGUGAAGGAGAGCCGUUUGUUGUAAAGGGAUCUGCAAACCCAGUGAUGCAUUACGCUCGUCUAACUGGGCCAACCUGUGACGGAGAUGACGUCCUAGCAAAAAAACUGCUGGUGCCAGAAAUGGAUGCAGGAGAUUGGCUGUUGUGGAAAAAUGCUGGCGCAUACACAUUCUGCUUUACCACAGGAUUUAAUGGUUUUAAGGCCAAUGAUUUCUACAACAUCAUAUCCAAAGAAAAUGAAGAGGAAUUUUGGGAGCUUGUGAACAAUAUCACCCGUGUACAGAAGACGCCGAAAGCAAUCCACAACCAUUGCAAUGAAUAACGGAUCAUUACACAUUGUUUUAGACUGAAUGUAGAUUAAAUCCAAUGACUCAUUCUAUGAUCCAUUUGCUUUGAACGGAAAAUAUUCUUUAGAUAAAAAAACUCGAGAAUAUUUUAUUAAGUAUGAAGUUAUUAAGAAUAGGUUAUACGUCACCAUAAUUACUUAAAUGACUAAUACUGAUAUAUCAGUAGUGCUGUCCAGUCUAUCCAUCUCUUGGGGGUAUUUUGUUAGUAAAUCAGUGAAAGUAAAUCAGUACCAAUAAGAUGAUAUGCUGAAAAUUAGAAACUGCGUGUUUUAGGUAAUAUUCCACAAAUCUAUCGUUCAAAUUCAAUAAAUCAU